GAAGGAACCUCUCAGUACAAGAGCAGCUUCUGAUGCAGUGCAGGACUGUAGAGCCUUGAUUAAUCUCCAAUUUUAUAUCGGAUGCAGUGAUGUCCAUAGUCUAAUAACCAAUUUCAAAGUAUCAAGAUAUGAAGCCUAGAUCAUGUCUGGCCACCCUUGACCAUCCUGAUGUGACUGACUUCUGAGCCGCUAUGAGAGCCUUUUUGACGCCAAAGAAUAGCUCAUCCAGGCAUUUCUCAGGAUAUGAACGCAUGAAAGCACAGUGAUACCAUUCUCUGCUCAGACACAACACCCCACCAAUGGCACCCAAGAAGGGGUCUAGGUCAAUAAGAAGCCAGCAGGCUUCUCCAUGGGGGACUUUGAAGGGCCUAGCACACCGUCUGAACGAUCCCUCUGACACAAGGGCUGCCAUCUGGGUCUCAGCUGGAAUCCUACUGUUUGAGGCUGUCAUCUGCCCACUCAUCAUCGCCAAAGUACCCUACACAGAGCUUGACUGGGUGGCUUACAUGGAAGAGGUGGAGGGCUUUCUCAAGGGGCAGCUGGAUUACAGGGAGCUGAAGGGGCAGACAGGGCCACUGGUCUACCCAGCAGGCUUCGUGUAUGUGUUUGCCUUCCUGCGCUGGCUCACCAGUGGAGGGAACAUCAGGGCUGCGCAGUACGUCUUUGCUGUAAUAUAUGUGGCCACCCAGGCAGUCAUGCUGUGGCUGUACAUAAAGGCAAAGGUCGUGCCACCGUGGGCGCUGACACUGCUGGCGCUGUCAAAGCGGCUGCACUCCAUCUAUGUGCUGCGGCUGUUCAACGACUGCGUGGCAAUGCUGCUGGCCUACAUUGCCACAGGGCUGCUGCUGCUUCAGCGGUGGCGCGCUUCCAUUGUGGUGUACAGCGCAGCAGUGUCUGUGAAGAUGAACGUUCUGCUGAUGGCCCCGCCCGUCCUUGUUGUCCUCUUGAAGGCACCAGAUAUGCAGGAUAUAGUGGAGGGAGUCAUGCAGGGGCUGGCGCUGCAGAUGUUUCUGGGGGCGCCAUUUCUGCUGCACAACGCUGGCGCGUACCUGAGCCGCGCGUUUGAGCUGUCGCGCGUCUUCCAGCACGUGUGGAGCGUCAAUUUUAAAUUUCUGCCGGAGACGCUGUUCCUGUCAAGGGGCGUUGCUUCCUCCCUGCUGGCCGCCCACCUGGCACUGCUGCUGCUGUUUGCUCACUACAGGCGCGAAAAGCAGAGGGGAGGCCUGCGAGGGAGGGUGGCUCAGAAGAGACCUGCGCCUGCGGCCAACCAGACGCGGCUGCCCAAGCUGCCGCAGCUGCCAGCAGCCCACAUCCUGUUCCUGGUCUUCAGCGGGAACUUCAUUGGCAUUGUCUGCGCGCGCACGCUGCACUACCAGUUCUACUCCUGGUACUACCACACGAUCCCACUGCUGCUUUGGUGCACGCGGCUGCCCACCACAGUGCGCCUGUCGCUGUGGCUCUGCAUAGAGGUCAUCUUCAAUAUAUUCCCCUCAACUCCAGAAACUUCCCUGGCGCUGCUGGGCUGCCACCUGCUCAUUCUCCUAGCGCUGGCUUUUGCGCCUGCUGAACGCGGAAGUGAUCGCACGCACUAAAGCGGGGAUCCCAGCCCUGGAUGAAGCGCAGGGUGUAUGGCCUUACUUUUGUUGAGGUUGCCUUCGCUGCAGUCACCUAAUUCAAUCUUAAGGUGUCAUGGGAGUUUGAAGUGGCACUGUCAGGGGCCAGCGUUACGUCUUGGUCAGUGCCUCUGCCUUGAGCGUGAAGAGUAACACAGAUUCUAGCAUGCUUGCGCAACUACAACACUUCUGGCUAUUUGAUGACUAACAACCUAAAGUUGGGUCUACAGAUGGGUCUGUGUAUGGCAUGUAUUAGCAGUCUUCAAUGUAGCCUUCAAUUGAACAGUUGCAUCAGCUACUGCUGUCCCGUGCGGAACCCACCUGGCAUUACUGUGAUGGUAAUUCCUGAGACUAC